CGUAAUCAAAAUGAUUUUCCACAUACUUAUAACUGUGAUUAUCCAACAUGUUGCUGGAAAACUAAUAACGGAUGAACAUACAAGGGUAUCAAGUAAUGAAUUGUUUCCAUACAUGGCGGCCAUUUUGAAGAAGACCUCCUAUAUAAGCGCCGGUGCUUUAAUACAUGAAAGUUGGAUUAUAACUGGAGCUGAUUCAUUGUAUAUGAUCAGAGAUCUCUCUCGUAUUCUCCGCGUGCGCUUGGGCAGCAUCAACUAUAAAAAAGGAGGAUUCCUCUCUCCAGUGAAAUACAUUCACAUACAUCCACUCUUCGAUGACAACAAGCCGCAGUUUGACAUAGCGUUAAUCAAGCUAGCCUCGCCUCUGCGGCUGACUCCCAACUUGAACCCAAUCAAGCUGUUAAAGAAACCACGACAAAUAACUGCUACUCAUUUUAUUGUAACAGCCUGGCCUGCUCCUCUUCAGGUUUCAAAGAAUCAUACAAGCCUGGAUUCCGUGGAGUUGUUUAAAAAACGCAUACUGACAAUAUCACACGUCCAUCCCUUGGAUGCAGAGGAUUGUGGUGAUCACCUGGAAGCCCAGGGAAUAAAUAAUACGGGAGGUGUAAUGUGUUUGGACCCACCGGUCCAUGGAGAUCCUUGUCAGAGAGACACGGGAGCUCCAAUGGUCUUAAAUGGAAUUCUAUGGGGCAUUAUUUCCUCUUGGAGAUCCGAGGACUGUCAGAUGGAAAAUGGCGCCACCUUCGUCACCCUCGUCUCCCAUGUGAAUAUUAGCUCGUGGAUACACGCUACUAUCCAUGGGCAUAAAGUAACCAAGAAGCACGGCAUUGAUUAUCAUGACAAUUUCAUUUAGUUAUAUAAUAGGUGUAUAUUAAAUUUUUUUUUUUUUAAUUGAAGUUAUUCUUUAGGCGUGUUAUGAAAAAUUGAUGAGAGUGAAAUUUG